CACAGAAUGGUUUGGGUUGGAAGGGACUUAAAGAUCAUUGAGUUCCAACCCCCCUGCUUUAGGCAGGGACACCUUCCACUAGACCAGGUUGCUCAAAGCCCCAUCCAGCCUGGCCUUGAACACCUCCAGGGAUGGGCGUGUUGCUUAUCCAAGUGUUUUCUCUCACUUCUCUUCCCAGCUUGCCAGAGAAGAUCAAGAUGAGUUUACGGAAGCAAACCCCUAGUGACUUCCUAAAACAAAUCAUUGGAAGGCCAGUUGUCGUAAAAUUGAAUUCUGGAGUUGAUUAUCGAGGUGUCCUGGCUUGCCUGGAUGGGUAUAUGAAUAUAGCUCUGGAACAGACUGAAGAAUAUGUAAAUGGACAAUUAAAGAACAAGUACGGGGACGCAUUUAUCCGAGGAAAUAAUGUAUUGUACAUAAGCACACAGAAGAGGAGGAUGUGAAGAUGCCAGGAGGAGGCUGUUUUGUACUUGUGAACCUCUUCGAUGUGAUGAGCCCUAUUUGAUUUGUAGUUAAUAAUCCACAGGUGAAAUACACAAGUGUUUAAAUAUUUUUUAAAUAAAUGUAAACCAGUGUAAACUUCCUGAAUGUUUUUGUUUCAAAGCAUUGCUUUGUUCCACUGUACAGUAAAAAAAAAAAUAAAAGAGCAGCAUGUAAUAGUGCCGCAAGACUAA